CAAGGAGACGAUUGUCAAAAACCACUGUAAUUUCAUACCGUUUAUCCAGUGUGAUUUAUUUUCUAAUUUUGUUAGUUGCUGGAAUAAAUGGCCGCAAAGUUUUUGACUAGAACAAAAAGUCGCGAUAAUUGGGAUGGAGGUAAACAUCAAACCCGUUUGGAACAUAUUUGUGAUUUGAAUAUUGAUGAUAGUCCUUCCAACGUGAAGAAAACUGGGAUUAUCUGUACUAUAGGACCAGCAUGCGAUUCAAUAGAGAUGAUAGAAAAAUUGAUAGAGAAAGGAAUGAGAAUAUGCCGACUGAACAUGGUUCAUUCUUCAGAAGAGUAUUAUAUGAAAGUGAUAGAAAACAUAAGGAAGGUUGUAUGUGAGAAGUAUGAUGAGAGUCAAGUAGCUAUAGCUAUUGAUAUCACAGGACCUGGUGCUAGAAUAGGAAGAUUUAAGUCUGAUAUUGGAAUAUGUAUAACAUUAAAAGCAGGAGGUACUAUGUUGUUAACUCAUGAUAAGAAAUAUGAAAGUUGUUGUGAUAACCAACAUGUUUAUGUUGAUCAACCUCAAUUCUUCCAUAACGCAGAAAUUGAUGAUGUCAUUUAUAUUGAAGAUGGUCCGCUUUCUUUAAAGGUCUUGGAAAAAACCGAUAACUUAGAGCUAAUUUGUCAGAUAGAAAGUGGUGGAGACAUGGUUAAUUUCCAGCAAUGUCAUAUACCAAAAAAACUUCCUGGUAAACCAGUUUUAACUCAACGUGAUAAAGAUGCUAUUGCCUUCGCCCUAGAAAAUGAUGUGGAUAUGAUACUAGCAUCAUGGGUUUGGUGUUCAGAUCUGAUUCAACAAAUCCGACUGGAGCUGGGUACGAAGGCUGAUGCUGUACAUGUAAUAGCUAAAAUACAGAACUAUGAAGGAGUUGUCAAUUUUGAUGAUAUAUUGAAAGUAAGUGAUGGUGUAUUGGUUGGUAGAGGUGAUUUAGGCAUUGACAUUCCAGGAGAGAAAGUAUUUUUAGCUCAGAAAAUGAUAAUAGGAAAAGCUAAUAGUGCUGGCAAACCUGUAAUUUGUGCUGCUCAGAUGUUAGAUAGUAUGGUACAUAAUGUUCGACCUACUAGAGCAGAAGCUAGUGAUGUAGCUAAUGCUGUAUUAGAUGGUAUAGAUUGUAUUAUGUUAUCUAAAGAAACAGCUGUUGGUACCAACCCAGUUCAAGUUGUAGAAACUCUUUCAGCUAUCUGUCGUGAAGCAGAAUCAGCUGUAUUAAGUGAUAGUGUAUUUAAAGAAUUACAAGAACAAACAGAACCACCAGUAGGUAAAACACAUACUACAGCUAUAGCUGCUGUGGAGGCAGCUAGUAAAUCACAAGCUUCGGCAAUAAUAGUUGUUACUUCAUCUGGAAGCACAGCAGCAAUGAUAGCUAAAUACCGUCCAUCAUGUAUCAUAAUAGCUAUAACAAGAUCACCUAGUACAGCCAGAUAUCUUCAUUUAUUUAGAGGCAUCCAACCUUUACUAUAUACAGAUGAAUGUUCGUAUGAAUGGGUUGAUGAUUUAGAUAGAAGAAUACAUAAAGCGCUGUUAAUGGCAGUUAAUAAUAGUAUAGUUGUAGAGAAUGAUGUAGUGGUAUUAGUAACAGGAUGGACACCUGGUACCGGUCAUACUAAUACACUACGCUUAAUUACCGUUCCUAAUUUAAUUGAAAAUGACCCUCAACAAAUCAUGAAUUUAGUUAAUGCCACGUCUAAUGAGGAGUUUUGA